AUGAGUUCGGUGGGCGCCCCGUACGUUUUAUACGUUCUCCAGCAAACCACAGGUGUGUUGGACGACAUGGUGGGGAAGCAGUCUUUGACCACCCUCCACUCAUUGCAAAAUGACAUGAGAGGAUUAGCAGUUGUGGAGCAUGUAUCCGUGUCGGCCGAAGAAGUCACACGCGCCACAAUCGUUGCAAAACUCAAAGACGCCGUGUUCAAGCGCGCUUUAUCUCCAACGCUUAUGAUAGUUGAUGCCCAAUUGGAUGGCACUUUGAGCGCAGCUUCUGGUUUAUUGCGAGCGGUAUGCGAUACAUAUGGCAUGCACAUGCAUGUUGAAGGAAACGCCCUACCUAUGAUACUGACGGGCACUAGUGCGAAGAGUCUUUUCUAUAACGUAGGCGACCUGACAGACGCCGCACACACUACAACCCUUGACAUUGCAAAGUGGUAUGGAAAUUAUAACACAGCUGUUUUGCUGCACUGCAAAGACAAUUUAGAUCAAGACUUGAUAGAAAUUCCAGGUGCUCCAGGUGACCUCACUGCUUAUAUGUCAAUUUGGUAUUUGCUGCAACGCGUGAGAUUUUCCUUGUCUGCGAAUGCACUCCUAAAAGCGUGCGAAUAUGCAGCAAUCCUCGUCGAAACGAUGGAUAGACUGCCGAACCUGUUUGAGUGCAGGACAAUCGGUUGUGGAGAAAUAGUCCUGAUAUCAUCUUCGCCAUCUCGUUCGACCGGCGCUUCACUGGAAGCUACAAACAGGGCAAUGUUUUGGGUUUUUCAACGCUGCCACACUAACUUGCAAUCCUUACUGAUGUUGACAAGGCAUGAUAACCGGGAAUGGCUAAGGUUUAUACCAAGCCAUGCUAUGCGCUUUUUGAAAGAUUCGGGAGCGUGUUCGGCAAAAGUCCUUUUGGAAAUCUGCAAAGACCUCGCAUGUGCGAUCAGAAAGCAAGAUGUGGUAUUAAAAGGGAGGGCGGCAUUUAUAUCGGAGAUUAGACAAUGCCACGACAUAGAGGUUGAAGAGUUGUCCUCACCCCAAGAUGCAAGCGACGGUCUCUCAGCUCUCUUUUAUGCUGCAGUACGUGUCACCCCCUUCGGAGAAGUGUCUCGCAACGGGCAUUGGAAAGGGGAUGAGGAGAUGGUUGCCAUAGUGUCCAAGUACACCCAUAUGCUGGGCGAAGUGCUUAGGGAACAUUAUGGGAAAGAGUUGGAAAUCGUCCUGCAUUCCUCAAAAGAUUUUCAGGAGGUGAUCUACAUCGGCCCCAUCGCUCCCGAUGCCGAUGUGCCAGGCAAUUACAAGACAGAAAGUGCAAGAGCUAGUGCGUCUGCCGAGAGUGUAUCAGAAGGAACAGUCACAGCGUGCGAUGAAGCAUGGGAUUUAGACGAAGUGGCAGCUCAAAACAUGGCUUCGAAAGUUGCAGAUCGCGUCAUUUCUGCUGUCCGCGUCGCACUCAGUUAUGGGCACCGUGCAACAUCAGGGCCGACGAGCUUCAUGAAGAGAAGCAAUAGCUUCGAAGCAAGCGAUACAGAGAACAAUACCAUGAGUGAAACCGCGCCUGCAUUCGCUUACCCAGCUACAGACCAUGAUCAGAAAACUCUUGUCAACACAACAUGCGAGGACAAAGACAAGGGCCUCUCGCGCGAUCAUUUACCCCCUUCUUCAGCCCACCUCAGAGCGAAUGUAACAGCCAUUGGGCCGUGCGAAGAAAAGGAUAAAAGGCCAAAUGCGGAAAAGGAGAGUGAAGAUGAAGCCCGCUCAACCGCACGGGCAUCUCAUAUUCUCGAGCCGACAACGAAAGAUGCAGAUACUGUGAAGCCGCGGACAAGCUUUUGGGGAGCUUUCUUCGGAAGCGAUAGUCCUGAGGAAACCAAAAGCAACAGCAGUACUGAAGGCCUGCAGCUACUCGAAGACGACUACUUUCGCCCUUGA